GGGGGAGGGGCGCAGGCCUGGCCUCCUUGGCGGCUGCGGCAGCACCAGCGCCGGCCGCCACCGCCUCAGGAACGCGGAGGAGGAAAAGCAGCUGGAGGAGUAGGAGGGGGAGGCGGGCCCUGGGGAAUGGGAUGCCCUUCGCUGCGGCUCGGUGGUGAAUGCUGAGGAGAGUCACGGUCGCUGCAGUCGGUGCCACCCGGAGGAAGUUGUGGUGUGCGGCCGGGCGGGAGCUCGCGGCGCGGUGGAGAAUCGACGCGCGGGGUCGGUGCGAAGACUCGGCUGUGGGCAGACCCUCUCCUACCCCGACCAUGCCUGGAAGGAACAAGGCGAAGUCGACCUACAGCUGCCCCGACCUGCAGCCCGGUGGCCAGGAUGCUGGCGAGAGCGGCCGGGUUGCCGGUCUAGGAAUAGAUGAAUCUGAGGAGGAGGGACGGAGGGGGCCUAUCAAUAAUGCCGGAGACCCUGAGAUCGUCAAGUCUCCUAGCGACCCCAAGCAAUACCGAUACAUCAAAUUACGAAAUGGCUUGCAGGCACUUUUGAUUUCAGACCUAAGUAAUACAGAAGGUAAAACAGGAGACCAGUCGCAGAGCCUGUUUUUGCUGUGGUCAAAGCUGACUGAUAGAUUGUGGUUUAAGUCACCUUAUACAAAAAUGUCUUCAACCCUGCUGGUCGAGACAAGAAAUCUUGAUGGGGUAGUUGGAGCUGAAAGCAGGUCUGCACCUGUUCAGCAUUUGGCAGGGUGGCAAGAGGAGGAGCAGCAGGGUGAAACUGACACAGUUCUGUCUGCAGCGGCUCUUUGUGUUGGAGUUGGGAGUUUUGCUGAUCCGGAUGAUCUGCCUGGGCUGGCACAUUUUUUGGAGCACAUGGUAUUCAUGGGUAGUUUGAAAUAUCCAGAUGAGAAUGGGUUUGAUGCUUUCCUGAAGAAACAUGGGGGUAGUGAUAAUGCUUCAACUGAUUGUGAACGGACAGUCUUUCAGUUUGAUGUCCAGAGGAAAUACUUCAAGGAAGCCCUGGAUAGGUGGGCCCAGUUCUUCAUCCAUCCACUAAUGAUCAGAGAUGCGAUUGACCGUGAAGUUGAAGCUGUUGACAGUGAAUAUCAGCUUGCAAGACCUUCUGAUGCAAACAGAAAGGAAAUGUUGUUUGGAAGCCUUGCUAGACCUGGACAUCCUAUGGGGAAAUUUUUUUGGGGAAAUGCUGAGACUCUCAAACAUGAGCCAAAAAGGAAUAAUAUUGAUACAUAUACUAGACUGAGAGAAUUCUGGAUGCGUUACUACUCUUCUCAUUACAUGACAUUAGUGGUUCAAUCCAAAGAAACACUGGAUACUUUGGAAAAGUGGGUUACUGAAAUCUUCUCUCAGAUACCAAACAAUGGGUUACCCAAACCAAACUUUGGCCAUUUAACGGAUCCAUUUGACACACCAGCAUUUAACAAACUUUAUAGAGUUGUCCCAAUUAGAAAAAUUCAUGCUCUGACCAUCACGUGGGCACUUCCCCCUCAACAGCAACAUUACAGGGUAAAGCCACUUCAUUAUAUUUCUUGGCUGGUUGGACAUGAAGGCAAAGGCAGCAUUCUUUCUUACCUUAGAAAAAAGUGCUGGGCUCUUGCACUCUUUGGUGGAAAUGGUGAGACAGGAUUUGAGCAAAAUUCUACUUACUCAGUGUUCAGCAUUUCUAUUACAUUGACUGAUGAGGGUUAUGAACAUUUCUAUGAGGUGGCUCAUACUGUUUUCCAGUAUUUAAAAAUGCUGCAGAAGUUAGGCCCAGAAAAAAGAAUUUUUGAAGAGAUUCAGAAAAUUGAGGACAAUGAGUUCCAUUACCAAGAGCAGACAGAUCCAGUUGAGUAUGUGGAAAACAUGUGCGAAAACAUGCAGCUAUACCCUCUGCAGGACUUUCUCACUGGAGAUCAGCUUCUUUUUGAAUACAAGCCAGAAGUCAUUGCUGAAGCCCUUAAUCAGCUAGUUCCUCAAAAAGCAAAUCUCGUUCUGCUGUCUGGUGCUAAUGAGGGAAAAUGUGACCUCAAGGAGAAAUGGUUUGGGACUCAGUAUAGUAUGGAAGAUGUUGAAAACUCUUGGGCUGAACUGUGGAAGAGUAAUUUUGAAUUAAAUCCAGAUCUUCAUCUUCCAGCUGAAAACAAGUACAUAGCCUCGGACUUCAUGUUGAAAGCUUUUGAUUCUCCUGAGACAGAAUACCCUGUUAAAAUUGUGAACACUCCACAAGGUUGCCUGUGGUAUAAAAAAGACAACAAAUUCAAAAUCCCCAAAGCAUAUAUUCGUUUUCAUCUGAUCUCACCUUUGAUUCAGAAGUCUGCAGCAAAUGUGGUCCUCUUUGAUAUCUUUGUUAAUAUUCUCACCCAUAACCUUGCGGAACCAGCUUAUGAAGCAGAUGUGGCACAGCUGGAGUAUAAGCUGGUAGCUGGAGAACAUGGUUUAAUUAUUCGAGUGAAAGGAUUCAACCACAAACUACCUCUACUGUUUCAGCUCAUUAUUGACUACUUAGCAGAGUUUAAUUCCACACCAGCUGUCUUUACAAUGAUAACUGAGCAGUUGAAGAAGACCUACUUUAACAUCCUCAUCAAGCCUGAGACUCUGGCCAAAGACGUGCGGCUUUUAAUUCUGGAAUAUGCCCGCUGGUCUAUGAUUGACAAGUACCGGGCUUUGAUGGAUGGCCUUUCCCUUGAGUCUCUGCUGAGCUUUGUCAAAGAGUUCAAAUCCCAGCUCUUUGUUGAAGGCCUGGUACAAGGAAAUGUCACAAGCACAGACUCUAUGGAUUUCCUGAAAUAUGUUAUUGACAAGCUGAACUUCAUGCCUCUGGAGCAGGAGAUGUCUGUGCAGUUCCAGGUGGUAGAACUGCCCAGUGGCCACCACAUAUGCAAAGUGAGAGCUCUGAACAAGGGUGAUGCCAACUCUGAAGUCACUGUGUACUACCAGUCAGGUACCAGGAGUUUGAAAGAAUACACUCUUAUGGAGCUGCUUGUGAUGCACAUGGAAGAGCCUUGUUUUGACUUCCUUCGAACCAAGCAGACCCUUGGGUACCAUGUCUACCCUACCUGUAGGAACACAUCUGGGAUUCUAGGAUUCUCUGUCACUGUGGGGACUCAGGCAACCAAAUACAACUCUGAAGUUGUUGAUAAAAAGAUAGAAGAGUUUCUUUCUAGCUUUGAGGAAAAGAUUGAAAACCUUACUGAGGAUGCAUUCAACACCCAGGUCACAGCCCUGAUCAAGCUGAAGGAGUGCGAGGAUACCCACCUUGGGGAGGAGGUGGAUAGGAACUGGAACGAAGUGGUGACACAGCAGUAUCUCUUUGACCGCCUUGUCCAUGAGAUUGAAGCACUGAAGUCCUUCUCAAAAUCAGACCUGGUCAAUUGGUUCAAGGCUCACAGAGGCCCAGGAAGUAAAAUGCUUAGUGUUCAUGUUGUUGGAUUUGGGAAGUAUGAGCUGGAAGAGGAUGGCACCCCUCAUGGUGAGGAUUCAAACUCUUCUUGUGAACCGAUGCAGCUAACCUACCUGCCAACCUCUCCUCUGCUGACAGAUUCUACCAUUCCCAUUACUGAUAUCAGGGCUUUCACAUCAACACUUAACCUUCUCCCCUACCAUAAAAUAGUCAAAUAAACUGCAGUCUCGUUGGCCUGAACGAAACAUUGUGUAUUUAAAAUGUGUAUUUUAUGAAGUUAUACUACUAUGGCCUUAGGGCCCCCAUUGAAUUUUUGCACUGGCAUCAUAGAAUUUGAUUUACUCCCCACCCCUUCUGUGGUGACUAACAAAACGGGUUACGGUAGCAGCUGGCAGAGAGAAAUCAGCAGGGUGGCCAAAAAGCUUAUAGGAGCAGUUUGAGAAGCCCUGGCACCUGGUUCUCUCAGAUUGAGAAUCCAGUUCUGUAUGACAGCCCUGUGUAACCCAUGUCUUAUUAGUACCUAAAUGUUAGGUGCUAAUACUAAUACCUAAAUGAUGUUGUUUUUAAUGUAUUUUUAAAUAAAGAUAGUUCUGUAUUACCCUUCAGAA